AUGCGCGUGGGCCCUGCGUCAGGGGCGCCGCCGCCUGAGGGGUCGCGCAUGAGCCAGCAGCGCAGCAACUACUCGGACACGGCGGCGGCGAUCAUUGGGGGCCUCAACGCGGAGGGGUCCAGCGCGAUGGAAAAGGAUUUCACUCCGAUUUAUGGCAAGCUGUUGAAAUUUAAACAGGACCUCUUGGGCAACGCUGCCAUCGUCGCAGCAGCGGCUUCCGCCUCAAAGGGCGGCGCGGAGAAGCGAGGGCCAUCGUCGAUCGAGAAGGCCGAAGGUCUAAUCGAAGCAGUUUCGCAUGGCAAGAAGUUGAUGCGACCGUUUAAGGAGUGCAAGAAGAGCAACAAGGGACAUCAUCUCGACAGCAUGUUGGAACACGUGCAGGUCGUCGCGAAGUAUUUCCAGGACGAUGGCGUCGAGCUGGGCCCAUGGAUCGGUAGCUGCCUCGCGCGGGCCACGUUCCGUAACGCAUCCAAAGAGGGCGAUCCCAUCACGGCGUCGGAGCGUUUAUCGGUGCAGAAUUUGUCCUGCGCCGCCCCGUCGAAGUGCAACUUCUUGUCGCCAGCCCAGGUGGUCAUCGAUUGCCUCGCGACCAAGAUCUUCAGCAUGCUCUCCGAGAGUGUCCACGCGGGCUUGGCCGAGUCCACGGAGGCUUGGGCGAGGGCGAAAGGUCAUGUGUGCGAGGUUGCCAUUGCGUACGCUCAGUUUAUCAACAACAGCGCCGGCACCUUCAGUGGUCUGGACAUCGCCAGGGGGGCGUUCGAUGCUCUCCGUUGCAUUUGCAAGGCGGCGCUGAAGUUGGAGGGCGUCUCACCGGGUGACUUGAGCAGGGCGGUCGGCAUCGUCGAUUCAGAGGUGAUCGCCGUGAGGUUCCACGAGGGCUUCAAGCAUGGAGUCGGGGCUGGCAUUAUGGCUGACGCCAAGGAACUCCUCGUCGAGGGGGAGCUUGACGAGCAGUGCGUCGAUGAUCUCAUGAGCGCUGCGGAGAGCACGUUGGCGGUGGGCUUCGACGAGAACAUAGGCGAGGGGUCUUUGGUCGUUGACGGGACGGGGGCUCUGUUGGACAAUUGCCCCGAAGACUUCAUCAGGAUCAUGGAUGAAACCAUGCGGCAAGCCUCCAGUGCUUUGUCGCAGAUAUCCCAUUUCAAGUUGACAUGCGAGGCGGAGGUCGUUGUGAACGUCAUCGCGUGGCUGGGGGAGGCCCUCGCCCUUCGCGGCGGCUACCGCUCGCACCACGCAGCGGUGAAGCUCCGCGCCGCCCGCGAGGCAUGGGGGGAAAAGGGGCUCGCGCAACUGGACGGGGAGAGGUGGCCUCCUGCGGGUUUACCCGCGGGCGCCUUGUCCGAUCAGUCCUUCAAAGAGAACCCCCUGGCGAAGUUGUGCGUUCGCAUCGCGAAGUUCUGCGACGUGGCCUUCAAGAACAUCAUCAAGUGGAUUCCAGAUGGGUCACGGGAGGCGCGGGAACGGCUGGCCGAGGAGGCGCAGAGGGUGGAGACGAACAUCAACGUUCGCAGGGCGUUGUGGGAGGAGUCCCCUUUGCUCUCGACGCUCGUGCACGCGCCGUGGCGUGGCGGGCAAGACUUCGCAGCUAUGGACAUGGGGGUGACUUCCGGCGAGGGCACCCUCGCCACCCUCAUCAAGAUCGCGGAGGUCAGGAAUGACAUCGCGGAGUGCACAGAGAGUGGCUACGUCAUCGAGAAGGUCGUCAUCGACAAGGUGCCUGGCCUGGAGAGCUCGCUGCCGUUCAGCUGCAAGCAGUCGACAGGUGCAUUUUCCAAGCAGUGGCUCAAGGGCGAGUCCACGAACCUUCUUUUGGAAAAGUACUUGUUCAGCAACGUAGAGAAAAUGGUCAGUUCGACAAUGCACCAGUACGAUUCUCUUUUCAAGAAGGCUCGCACUACCACAGGCUGGACCCAUGCCAUUUACAGAAAGGGCGAGGGCGCUCUGGACAUGAUGGGUUCACUUGUCGGGAAAGCUGUUAUCCAGAGCACAGCUGAGUCCGUUGACUUGCUGGAACUCGCCUCGGAGACGCCCGUGGCCGACUUGCCGUUGACUUUCAAGUUCGCCAACCGCGUGGCUUUGAACAGCAUGACAGAAGUGAUUUCCCCUUGCCCACAGGAGCGGCGUCUUUCCUCGUCGAUCGAUUUGAGCGGCAAGCCCUUGAAGCCUAUGGCCCUGAUGGUCACCUUGGAGAUGUUGGACCACGUCGGUUGCACGGUUCAGGUCGCCAGCGUUCUCGCGCACAAACUCCAGACGCCCGGCUCCGUCGUCGUCAAAGUCAGCGCCUGCCAGGACACGGGGGGCGACAAGUUUGUCGUCUCGCCAUGGGUUAACGAGUGCGCGCAGUGGUUGUUUGACGGAGGCGGCGUGAAUUGGGCCCAAGUCAAGAACAGGGUCAGCCAGAUGGCCGCGGACGUCAAUAUGAAAUAUUCCGUCAGUGAGCUGGAGUCGAUCGUCAUGUUCGCGGCCACCGUCGUCGCACCGCUCGCGAGGGAGAGGGCCCUCGACGCGUGCCUCGCGAAGCUGAAAGGUAUCGGCGAGGAGCUGAAGGGGAAGACGCCGCAGUACAGCCACAUCCUAACCGGGACGCGCUACAACGCGAGCCCGGCCAAAAAACAGCUGACCAACGAGACCACGUUGCAAAGCGUGGGGGCGCUGAUCGACAUGGCGGAAGAGUACAGCUCCGACAUCAACAAGCAGUUCGGCAUCACGGAGGAGGGUGUGAAUGACCACCCCGUCCUGGUCGAGGUGGACGGCGUUGUCGAUGCCGCCAAGACCGCCAUGUGCGUAUGCGCGGCCGUGAACACGGUCGAACAUUUCUCCAAGUCCGCAGACGGGCCGAAGAUGGCGCAGGACAUCCUGGACAACAAGGAGGCAAUCGCGAGCGUCCCUGGGGUCCUCAAGACCAAGCUCGGAGCUCUCGCCAAAACGUCUUGA